UGUUUGUUUUUUCUUAUGUGCCCGCGUCUAGACAACUGCCUUAUAAGCCGCUGGUACCACCCUUCUCUAGUCAUAAGGAUUUUGCAACCGCCAACGGGUCCAGAAGACAGUCUAGAGAAACCCGAAACCGAGUCCACGACGACAGGCAAUAUGGUCAACUCAAAGGUCAGCCGGAUGGUGAUGGUAGGGGUCGUCGUCAUGGUAGUGGUGGCCGCGGUCAUCCCGGUGGUCCAGGGCAAAGGUAGCAAGGCCGGCAAGGCCGGUAAAUUCGGUAAGGCCGGCAAGGCCGGCAAGGGGCCAGGCAGCGACGCUGGUUCCUUCGGGACGCCGCCUCCCCCCAGCGAGGACUGCGUCGGCGUCGAGGCGGGCCCGGGCGGUGGAGCAUCCCUGGUUGCUGACCCGAACGAUUGCACCAAGUACUCCGUGUGCGCGGGAAUGUUCAGCCUGAAGCUCACCUGCCCCCCCGAACAGCACUUCAGCGUGGCCGACAACAGGUGCACGGCACCGGAGCAGGCUGGGUGUGACCCCGCCUUUGCAGCUGCACCGGCUGAUGCAACGGAAGCUGCCGCUCAGGCCGAAGCUGCCGAAGCAGCCGUCAACGUGGAGGCGGAGCCAGAAGCUGAGGUCGCUGACACCGCUGAAGCAGUUGCCGAGGAAGUCGACGACGUAGUCUAACUAUCGGUCGCUCUGCAUGCAUCGUUGCCCUGCGGCAGUGGACACACGCUAUCGCAUCACGUCUGCUUACCAGGAGCCCCACAAAAAAAUAAUUAAGUAAACGAAAAUGACUAUGUGGGCAAGCAUUUAGGAUGGCGGCAUCGAGGACAACUCUGGUGAAGCUGGUUUCAACCCUCGAAGGAACUUCAUUUAUUAAAUAAACAAAAAAAGAUGUUUUGCAAGUUUA